UCCAGACUGAGAAUCCCACUAUAAAUGUCAACAACCUCAGCGUCCAGAAUCCACAUCCAUCAAACAGCUAAGCAGAGCUAAGCUAGCCAGUAAGAUCGGCAAUGGCGGCGAUGAUGGUGGAGAAGUGGGCAGGGUUCGGCUCCGCCGUGGCGAGCGUCGUCUUCCUCUGGUCCAUGGUGCAGAACCACAUCCCGCCGAGCAUCCGCCUCUACCUCACCGCCUGGGCCGCCAAGCUCGCCGCCUGCCUCAACCCUUACCUCACCAUCACCGUCGCCGAGUACACCGGCGAGCGCUUCAAGCGCGGUGACCUCUUCCUCGCCGUCGAGUCCUACCUCGGCGACGCCUGCGCCCGCCGCGCCCGCAGGCUCAAGGCCGAGCUCGCCGCCAAGGACGGCAAGAACCUCCAGGUCACCGUCGACGACCACGAGGGGGUCACUGACAACUUUGCCGGCACCACGCUCUGGUGGUACGCCACCAAGACGCACUCCAAGGCCAACGUCAUCAGCCUCUACCCUGGCCAGGAGGACCAGCGCUUCUACCGGCUCGUCUUCCACCGCCGCCACCGUGACCUCGUCGUCGAUGAGUACCUCCCUUUUGUCCUCGCCGAGGGCCGUGCCGUCACCGUCAGGAACCGCCAGCGUCGCCUCUUCACCAACAACGCUAGCGGUAGCUGGAGCCCCUACCGGAAGAAGAGCGUCUGGAGCCAUGUGCCCUUCGAGCACCCGGCAACCUUCGACACGCUCGCUAUGGACCCGGUUGAGAAGGAUGCCGUCAUCGACGACCUCAUGGCAUUCCGGGAGAGUAAGGAGUAUUACGCCAAGGUCGGCAAGGCAUGGAAGCGUGGGUACCUCCUUUAUGGGCCGCCGGGCACCGGUAAGUCCACCAUGAUCGCCGCCAUGGCCAACUUCCUCGACUACGACGUCUAUGACCUCGAGCUUACCGCCGUCAAGAACAACACCGACCUGCGCAAGCUCUUCAUCGAGACCACGGGGAAGUCCAUCAUCGUCAUCGAGGACAUCGACUGUUCCGUCGACCUCACCGGGAAGCGCCGCAAGGACAAGAAGGGCAGCAAGGAGUCCGAUGAUGAUGGUGACAAACCCAAGCUGCCGACGGACCCGGAGAAGGACGAUGCCACCAAGGUGACGCUCUCCGGCCUGCUCAACUUCAUCGACGGGCUGUGGUCAGCGUGCGGCGGCGAGCGGAUCAUCAUCUUCACUACCAACCACAAGGAGAAGUUGGACCCGGCGCUGAUCCGACGAGGCAGGAUGGACAAGCACAUCGAGAUGUCCUACUGCCGCUUCGAGGGAUUCAAGGUGCUGGCCAAGAACUACCUGGACGUCGACGAGCAUGAGCUGUUCGGCGAGAUCCGGCGGAUGCUUGAGGAGACUGACAUGUCCCCUGCCGACGUGGCAGAGAACCUGAUGCCCAUGUCCAAGAAGAAGAAGAGGGAUCCUGACGUGUGCUUGGCGGGCCUCAUCGAGGCACUAAAGAAAGCCAAGGAGGAAGCGGCAGCAGCAGCGGUGGCAAAGGCGAAGGAGGAAGAAGAGGCCAAAGAGGCUGAAGCGAAAAAAGCCAAGGAGAAGAAAGAAGAGUCCGAGGCAAAGAAAGCCAAGGAGAAAGACGAGGGGAAAGACAAAACGUCACAGGAAGCCAAUGGAGACAUCAAAGAAAGUGACAAGGGACAGGAAUAGAGUGAGCUUGUUCAGUGUGGCCUUCCUUAGCAUUCUGUAAAGCCAGUUUCAACAUCAACGACAUGUGCGUGUCGCCUGAAUAAAAUUUGCAUUUGGUUGUGUGCAUCA